GUCCACCGGCUGCUGAGCGGGGGCACAGUGCUCUGCUCGCUGCAUUCCCCAGCUCCCUGCAGAGCGGCAUGGAGCGGGCGGCGGCGGGGAGGCGGCCUGCGCCCAGCGACAGGGUGAGGGUGGCCGUGCGGGUGCGGCCCUUCAGUCAGAGAGAGAAGAACUCUGGGAGCAAAUGUGUGAUUUCCAUGCACUCCAGAACCACCACCAUCAUCCAAGACCCCAAGAACGCAGCGCGUGUGAACACGUUCACCUUUGACCUGGCAUACUGGUCUCACAGCGGAUUCCAGAAGGACGAAGAGGACGUCCUGGUCCCGGCUGGCCCCACCAGUCAGUUCGCAGGCCAGGCAAAGGUCUUCCAUGACAUCGGAAGAGGAAUCCUCGACAACGCCUGGCAGGGCUACAACGCCACCCUCCUGGCCUACGGCCAGACCGGCUCUGGAAAAAGCUACUCCAUGAUGGGGCUCGGGGCGAACAAGGGCCUCAUCCCGAGAGUGUGCCAAGAGCUCUUCCGGGCGAUGGAGAACGGGGAGGAGCACCGCGAGUACCAGGUCGCCGUCAGCAUGCUGGAGAUCUACAACGAGCAGAUCAGGGACCUGCUGGCCGGAGGCGCGCCCCCCGGCGGCGGGCUCCGGGUGCGGGAGGCCCCGGAGCGGGGCUUCCACGUGGAGGGGCUGACGUGGGUGCCCUGCGGGAGCUACGAACACCUGGCCAGGCUGCUGGCGCGGGGCACCCGGGCGCGGACCACGGCCUCCACCCGCAUGAACGCGCACAGCAGCCGCUCGCACCUGCUGGUCACCGUGCAGCUCAAGCAGGUCUCCCUCCGCACGGCCCUCACCACUCAAGCCGCCAUCAACCUGGUGGACCUGGCCGGGAGCGAGCGGCAGCGGGGCGCGGGCUCCGCGGGGGACCGGCUGCGGGAAGGGGCGCGCGUCAACCUCAGCCUCGCCAGCCUGGGGGCCGUCAUCAGCGCGCUGGCCGACGCCGCCCUGGGGAAGAAGGUCUGGCACAUCCCCUACCGCGCGUCCGUGCUCACCAAGCUGCUCCGGUCGGCGCUGGGCGGGAACAGCCGGACCACGCUGAUCGCCACCAUCAGCCCGGCGGACGUGUGCUACGCGGAGACGCUGUCCACGCUGCGCUACGCGGAGAGAGCUAAGCGGGUCCGGAACAGCGCUGUGGUCAACACCUGGACGCCCGCCAGGGAGCCGGGGGCGCGGGGCGAGCCCCUGCCGUGCGCCUGUGGACACGCGGCGGACCCGCCAGCCUGGCUCCCGGGCCCCCGCGCGUGGGCCGCGCUGCUGGAGCAGGCGCGCCGGGAGUGGGAGCAGCAGGGCGCGGCCGAGGCCCAGGAGCGGCAGCUGGUGGAGACCCUUCCUCACCUCCUCAACGUCAACGAGGACCCCCAGCUCACCGGGGUCCUCAAGCACUUCAUCCGCGAAGGUUCCUGUGAUGCUGGCCAGGCUGCUGGCAAUGCUAUCCUGCUUCAAGGCCUGGGAAUUUCUGAUAAGCACGCUUCCUUCACGAAUUUGGAUGGUAAAGUGACGGUGGCUCCUCACCGUAAGAGCAAAGUCGUGGUUAAUGGGGUGCCCAUCACCACCAGGACUCAGCUGCAGCACUUGGACCGCGUUAUUCUGGGCUCCAACAGCACUUACCUGUACGUGGGCUUCCCUUCCGAGCGGGGCCGCGAGGACGGGCUCAGGUUCGACUACGACUUCUUCCAGCUGGAGCGGGCGGCGGCGGAGGGCGUGAGCGCCGACUGGCUGGGUGCGGGGAGCGGCGGGGCCGGCCGCGCGGACCCCAGCGUCCUGGCCGCGGCCCAGGACUACGUCAAGCUCACGCCGCUGGUGGCCGAAGCGAACCAGAUGAGCCAGGACCUGGAGAAGGGGCUCCACCUGGAGCUGAAGGUGAAGAACUUGGCCUCCUCCGACUCGCGGGGCUUCCAGCUGCAGAAGGAGGUGAUGGUGAAGGUGACCCACCAGCGGACGCGAGAGGUGUGGAUCUGGUCGAAAGCCAAGUUCGUGCACCGGAAGUUCCUGAUGGAGGAGCUGUACCAGCGCCUCCUGGACGGGGAGGCCGGCCCGGAGGCCCGGGAGGACGACCCGUUCUGGGACCCCGUGGAGGCGGUGCACGUGGGCGCGGCCCACGUGUGGCUGCAGGCGCUGGCCCACCGCCUGGGGCUGGAGGAGCAGGUGGAGCUGCUGGGCUGCGAGGGGCUGGAGGAGGCGGUGCUGCACGUCCGCGUCACGCCGUGCUGCCCCGCGGGACGGGCGCGGGGUGAGGAGGACGCGGCCGCGGACCCCGGCGACCUGCUGGGCGGGCGGAUGGACUUCCAGGUGCACCUGGUCCGGUGCCUCGGCGUCCGGUGGAUGAAGGAAGGCGCCAAGCGGGGCAUCCAGCUCGGAUACAGAAUUUAUGAUCUUCCUAACACUUUAUAUACUAAACCUGCAUGGGAAAAUGUGAAUCCUCAAAUUGAAGAGACUGUCCAAUUUGCAGCCUUACACGUGUCACAGGAGUUCCUGAAUUAUUUACAGACAAAUGCCCUCAUUGUUGACUUGUGGGGUCUUCAAGAAGGCUGUGCAGAGCUCGGCUGCUCCCAGCUGGACCUCCCAGUCACCGCUGAAGGCCACAUCAUGGUGGAUACCAAGAAGCUUCCCAGUGUGAAGGAUUCAAGCCAGAACACAUCAAGCCAGACUUCGGAACUUUAUCAGAAGUUGUUCAAGUUAGAGCGGGAGGCGGAGCUGCUCAGAAACAUUAACCGAGCCCUGAGGGAGGAAAACGUGAUUCUCAAGGAAUCCUUGGAGAAAACCGGCCUUCACCCACAAGCGCUUGAGCCCUCCAGGGCACAGAAGAUGCCCGGGAGCACCACGCGGUUGCCGUCGGCCAGCGAGCGGAGCCCGCAGUGCGGUCAGGAGGCCCCGUGCGCGCCCGAGCUGGCCAGAGCUCUGAAGGCCUUCUACCGGAGCGCCAGCGCGGCCAGGGCGCAGUGGCUCCGCCUGAGGCAGCAGAAGCCGCCUGAAGACGAUCAAAUGCUUCGACCGUUUUUACAUCUCCAGUCCCAGAUGCUAAAGGAUUUCGGGGACCUGUUUGAAUCCAGCUUGUGGAAACUGAAAAAUGAUGUUGCACUUAUAGUGAAAAAGAAGAGAGAGCAUUCGUUGCAUGUGACACAGUGAGGGCACAUGGAGCGGAAACCACACAUGG